AAGAGGCAGAGAGCAGGCAAGGCAGAGAGGCAGUGAGGGUAGCAAGAGAGCCAGCCCCAAAGCAGCCCUGCGCCUCUGAGCUGGAAUCUGCCAGAGCACAGCCAGCAUGUUCGUCCUCAGCCUGCUUGUCUGGGGAUCUUACCUGCCGCUUCUCUUCUGCUUUGCUUUGUCUCAGACUGCGUACGCUGACAAUGUCUUCUCAAUUUCAGCAGAUCUCCCUUGUUUGGAACAGAAGAAACAGCUCAACUGCAGAGCGUGCUGCCUCCUUGGCCCUCCUCCACCACCCCUGUUCCCACCACCGUACUUCAGACACAGCUGGAGCACUAAGCUGCUUGAUGUGGAUAUGGAAGAGUUGUGUCAUGAGCUCCAGAUAAUACAGGCUUCUUCUCUGCUUGAAUCACACUGUCCUUCUGGGCCUCCUGGCCCCCAGGGUCCACAAGGAAUUCCUGGUAUAAUGGGACCAAAAGGGGAGAAAGGGGAGAUUGGCAGGCCAGGAAGAAAGGGUAGACCGGGUCCCCCGGGUGUCCCUGGGAUGCCAGGACCAAUAGGAUGGCCCGGACCUGUGGGACCGAAGGGUGAAAAGGGAGAAUUGGGUGUGAUGGGAUUGCCAGGUACAAGAGGACCAAUGGGCUCCAAGGGUUUUCCUGGAACUAGAGGAGAAAAGGGAUCCAGAGGUGACAGGGGUGACAAAGGAGUCAAAGGAGACCAGGGAGAAAUAGGCUUCCCUGGAAUGCUGGGACAAAAAGGAGAGAUGGGCCCAAAGGGACAAUCUGGAGUACCAGGACACAGAGGACCUAUAGGAAGACCUGGAAAACGAGGCAAACAAGGAUUAAAGGGAGACAUUGGACCUGCAGGUGUCAUGGGUCCACCUGGAAGGCCGGGUCCUAUUGGCCAGCCAGGCCCUCCUGGACCUUCAGGAUUAGGGCAAUUCGCAAUAGGACCAAAGGGGGAAAGAGGACUUCCAGGGCCCCCAGGGAGAUGUCUCUGCAGAAACCCACAACAUAUGAGUAACCCGUCGUAUGAGGAAUCUGUGUUUGGACACAGCUAUCCAAAAGUUCCUGCGAUUUUUGUGGUGAAUAAUCAAGAAGAAUUGGACCGGUUAAACACUGAAAAUGCGUUAGCUUUUAGAAGAGAUCAGAGAUCUUUGUAUUUCAAGGAUACCUUUGGAUGGCUCCCAGUCCAGCUCACCCCUUUCUAUCCUGUGGAUUACCGCUUUGAGGAUAGUGGUACCUGUGGAGAUGGGAUCGUACAGGACGGGGAAGAGUGUGACGAUGGCAAUGCAGUUGUGACCGAUGACUGUAUAAGAUGCCGCCGUGCUUACUGUGGAGAUGGCUACAGGCAUGAGGGGGUUGAAGACUGUGAUGGGAAGGAUUUUGGAUAUUUGACAUGUAGAACAUAUCUCCCUGGGUCUUAUGGAAAAUUGCGAUGCACUUCCUAUUGCUACAUUGACUCCACACAGUGUCGAUACUUCACAUGAAGGAGCGGAGGUGGGUAGCAUCCCACUUGUAGCAGGGUGGUAGGUGCUACACUAUCAUCUAACCAAGAAGGACUGGGACUAAAAAAACACCCCACCCACCUCUGUGUGAAAACAGAUAGACGUCAUGCUGCUGAUGGCCAUUUGGAGAUAUUUUUCUUUUUUAAAAAUCGUCAGAUUGGGAAAAAAUAGGACCACUGCAUCCUGUCUUAAUAGAGAAAUGUCAAACAGUGUGUGCCAGUAAGACUUUUAUGCAGCCAUGGAUGGCAACUUGCUCUCCAUCACAAAGCAACAUUAAGCUACUGGAAACUGAGCUUCAUCAACCAGAAAUAUUGUGUAACAAUUACCUCUAGUCAGUACUGUUAAACCCAGAUAUAGGCUCUUCAGAGGUUUUGUCUUUAACCCUUCCCAGCAUAAACACAAAGCAUAUCUUGAAUGUGGUGUUUAUAGGGACUUUCUCUUUUAUUACAAUGUGAACUUUGCAAAUGUUGUAUCACCAAUGACUUCAGCGACAUUAAGCUUAACAAUACUCCUUUCAAGGGUAAAAGGAGUAGAGGCCCUUCAGUAAGUGAUUUCAGAAUCAACAAAUCAGCCAAAAAAGCUGGUUAACUUCACCUUCAGGCGAAGACAUUUGUCUCAUUUGUCUCUCGUGUGCAUGCAUGGAAAUGCAAGCAGUCACAGGAGGCCUGCAACACAGACCACAACAAAGAACAAACUGCACAAAUAAACUGUGAAAUAGCCAAGAAGUUCUCUCCCAGGAUAAAAUCAGACAAGGAGGGAAGACAAAGAAGGAACCUAUUUCCCUAUGUUUUACCUCUGCGCGGAGCUGGCUGGGCACUGCCUGACCCCAAGGGGCUGCGACAGCAUCAGUGACCUGCCUGAAAUCACAGCAUGACCACAUGCACAUUACUUUCACUCUGGUGUCUACACUGGAGGGUCUCUUCAUUUUUAUCCCCUUGUCCACCUGACCAUCAUCGUUCAACUACCAGUUAUAUACUGUCCUCUCCCCUUCUCCACUCGCUGUUUCCACUAUUGUGUCUGGGAUACUCCCAGUGUCUGUCCUCACUUUUGUAUUGCUGUAAAUCAAAUCUUGGAGUAGCGUGUUUAUGGAUGCUCAUUCAUGUUGCGCAAUGUACAUGUUUUUUGGUUUUUUGUUUUUUGGUUUUUUUUUCCAGAAAGUUCACUCAACUAUAUUAGCUCUGAUAGGAAUCAGGGUAAUUAUAUACUUAUUUACUAGCAAGUAUUAAAGAGCAUAUUUCACAUGGGAAGCCUAUUAAAUGUUACGUGAAAAGAUGUCUAUAACAGCAAAUGAAACAAGGGAUGUGCAGAAUUCAGGACUAAAAGCCUUAAAUCUAGGCAUUAUUUUCAUACAAGCCACUCUUUUCUGCAUUGAGUAAAUCUUGCUCAGGACUCUGUGAAAUGUGUGACUUAUCUGUACCAGUGAAAGCACUGCAACAGCUGCACUUACACUGGCACUUCCAUAAAGGUUAAGUAAAUGUGGAUGUUGCUUUAUAAUGAUAAUGCAUUAACAUAAUCAAGAAAUGCAUGCAACUUUUACCACCUACCUAAAAGACUUUAGCUAUGGAUUUCCAAAAUUAUACUGAAAACCACCAAUCACUGGUAAAAAAAAGGAAGAAAAUUAGUGUACUCUUCAUAACUAUCACUUACCUGGGCUAUUUGUGUCACUAUGAAGCCAAGCCACCAGCAUUUGUAGCCCAGUUCAAUAGCUCAAUUUUUUUUUUUUUUUUUUAACUGAGGUCUUAAUAAAAGGUCAAGGUAUCACUGGGGCAAGAAACUUGCCACAAACUCUGAAAAUCUGGGCACUAGCACAGCUGCCUUUUAAUUUCUUGUGCUUGUGGAAGCAGUGGGUUCCAGCAACAUCCUGCCACACAGGAGCAUAUGCUGAGAGGUUCCCUUGAUUGCUGGCCCAGGGAUCUGCUGGGUGUUACCAUCCUGGGCUUGGAGACACUUCAUCUGAACUCCUCACCUUCUCCAAGGAGUUCAUCUCUACUCCCCAAAAGGCUAGAGUCUCUGAGAAAUUUGGUAAUCCCACUGGCUUUUCAGUUUCAAGUUCAAUCAUUUUCAAUUAAAAGCUCCCUACCUCCAAAGGGCAUUAAAGUAACACAGCUAAGAUGUAGAAUAUGUAAACAGGAGAUGUGAUUGCCUAGGUAAAACUGUACUGUGAUGCACAUGCUCAGGAAAGGGCCUAUUAGUCUGGUCAGUCUGAGGACAUUUGUAAGUCAUGGAUUUUAAAUGGACUUUAUUAAUACAACACAAACAAUUUGGUAUCUUAACAGAAAGAAAGCAAUGUAAAAUGUAAGGAAACAAAAAAAACCCGUUUCAUACUAUAUUACUACCUUAUUCCCCUCAGAUGAUAAAGCACGAAAAAGACACCUGGGAAGGUGUUAAGUAUAUAUGAUUUAAAAGGCCACAAAAGAAAUCCUUCAUCCUUAUUUCUGACAUACCUGAUUUAUCAUUAAUUGGAGAUUCUUCAGCUGGGUGGUGCCCUGGCCUGCUGCGAGUUGUCUUCCCUCCUUCUCUGAGUUUCUUUACACAUUGUGCCAAGACAGGUUCAAAAGUUAAUUGGGAUAUUUCAGGUCCAAGGCCUUGUGUAGCAGCAAAUUGCUUGUGGGAGAGUUUUCUAAUGAUUAGUAUGCAACUCUAGGCAAGUACAAAACCAUUAGGAUCUUAUGUCAUGCACUGUAUUAAUGUAUACCAAAAAUCCAGCUUGCACUUAAUAUAUGAUCAAACAUAUGUAAUUACCUACUGCGUAUAUUAGCAGCUCAUGUCAAUAAAUCAUGCUGCCUUAGUUCCCCUAUCUCCUUACUUCCACUUAUUUAAUUUUGGGUUUAAAACCACAGUUUUUAAAUAUAAUUAUCUAGUUUAAGAUCCUGGGGAAGGAAAAAAGCCAAUACCUCCUUUUCCAUGCCAUCUGCCUCUCCCUGCCUGCUGUUGGAUCCAGCCCUGUGCAGGCACACUGAUGUGCAUCAGUCUGGGAAUGUAUGCAUUCCUGCUCCUGGGCUUGCUGCUGCCUCAGCCCCAAACUGACCCAUGCAACACGCCAUGAGCAGAACAGCACCCCUUUCACUGAUUUCUGAUUGGAAUCUGUAAUGUACUGGUUUUUAAUAAGGCUUUGGGCUGUGGUUUGGGGGAUUAUCUCCUCCUGCUACCUGAUAAUGUACUGGCUGCUUUGUAACUCCUACCGGAGGCUGAAUUGAUAGCUGCAAAUCAGAAAGCAACAGCACAGUAUGCUGAUGGACAAUGGGAAUGCUGAUGUUGGCACCUAGGCUUCAGACGGUUGCAGCAGCUGGCACCCAGGCUUCAGGAAGAGGGUACUGCCUUGCUGUAGCAGCUUGCAAAUCUGUUGGACCAAGGCUUUUUGUAUAACACAGCGUCCUAGAAAAGGGCAGUGCUGCCUGUCCCCAGGGGAAAUUGAAGUGUAUUGACAGACAAAGAAUGAAUGAGUCUUUGGAGUGGUAUAUUUUCUGCU